AUGGAAAGCUGCUGCCAACCUGCUGACGUAAACACCAACCAUGAUGUCCCUCACAUGGAUACAGCCCAGGGACAGCCUGUGGAUCUCACGGAGAAUUUGAGUCAGCAGCUUGAAGACAUCAUCAGCACGUACCAGCAAGAAGAACCUCCAGCAACACAGCUUGAGGAUGUGGAGGAAGAGGUGGUCACAAAAACCAAAGAAGCAGGCACAACCAAAGACCAAAAACGAGAGAAAAAGAUGCUUAAAAACCUUGGGAAAGAGGCUACACUUCUCAUGCAAAGCCUGAAUAAGCUUGGCACCCCAGAACAAAAACUGGAGGCUCUCAUUAAAAAGCAUGCUGAGCUGUUGGAGGAACAUCGUGCAGAUCAGAAGCAGCUGAAGAUGCUUCAGAAAAAGGUGAUGCAGAUGAUGAAAGAGAAGGACCAGCUGCAGAGUGAGCACAGCCGAGCUGUCCUGGCUCGCAGUAAACUCGAGGGGCUGUGCAGGGAACUCCAAAGGCACAAUAAGACUCUGAAGGAGGAAACUCUACAGAGGUGUCGAGAAGAUGAUUUGAAGAGAAAGGAGAUCACCACUCAUUUCCAGAACACACUCACAGACAUCCAAGCCCAGAUCGAGGAGCACAGCACACGCAACACCAAGCUGUGCCAGGAGAACAGUGACUUAGCUGAGAAACUCAAGAACCUCAUUGCUCAGUAUGACCAGAGAGAGGCGAAUCUUGAAAAGGUAUUCAAGCACAGAGACCUGAAGCAAAAGCUGGUGGAGACCAAGCUCGCUCAGGCAAACAUGAUGCUGAAAGAUGCAGAAGAGAAGCACAAGAUAGAAAAAGAACAUUUGCUGAAGCAGGCUGCAGAGUCAAAGCUACAAAUCAAACUUCUGAAAGAACAAGAGAACGAAAUGAAGGCUCAGCUGGCUCUAUACUCAGAAAAAUUUGAUGAAUUUCAAGGGACUGUAUCAAAGAGCAAUGGAGUAUAUGCUAGUUUCAGGCAGGACAUAGACAAGAUGACAAAGAAGAUGAGGAAGCUGGAGAAAGAAGCACUCACAUGGAAAUCCCGCUUCGAUGGCUGUAAUAAAGCUCUUCUUGAUAUGGUUGCAGAUAAAACCUUGAGGGACAAAGAAUUUGAACUCUUCACUGUAAAAAUCCAGAAACUGGAAAAGCUGUGUAGGGCACUGCAGGAAGAAAGGAAAAGCCUUUACCAGAAGCUCAAUGAGCCUCACCAGUCUGAUGCAGAGGCUGUAUCUGUUACAGCAGAGUCCACAGCGGAGGUCCCUCAAGAGCCAGCAACCUCUGAAAAACCCCUCAGUGAGACCACAGUGUCUGAGACACCUCUGUCCAGAGAGCUGGCCAGUCUGAAGGCUCAGCAGUCCAGGCUUCAAGAGAUUGCCACAGCCUUCACUAUCUCCCACAGUACAGACGAGCUUGCUAUCACUGCAGAGUCCAGUCAAGACUCAGAAACCUGUGGACAUUCUGAGAGCACAGACACAGCACCAGAUCAGCUGGAAUCACCAGAGCCAAACAUUGACCUGGAGAGGCAGAACUCCACUGAAGAGAUCACUGUGCCAACAGAAAUCUUAUCAGAUGAACUUCAGGAGGAGAGAGACAAAGAAAUGGAGACAGUUGACUAG